UUUCAUCUGAAUGGAAUGCACAAACCUGGCGAUGUGGUUCUGGGUGGGCUUUUUGAGGUCCACUACACCUCUGUCUUCCCUGAGUGGACAUUUACCUCAGAGCCACAACAGCCCAGCUGCAAAGGCUUUGACACUCUAGGGUUCAGACAUGCCAUGACCAUGGCCUUUGCUAUUGAUGAGAUCAACAAGAACUCCAACCUGCUACCUAAUCUGACUCUUGGAUACAGUCUUUAUGAUAACUGUGGUGCACUUAUUAUUGGAUUCAGUGGUGCACUAUCAUUGGCCAGUGGUCAAGUAGACCAGUUUCUGCUUCAGGACAAUUGUUUGGGGACCCCCCCAGUUCUGGGGAUUGUGGGUGAUCACUAUUCAACAUUCUCAAUCGCCAUUUCCAAUGUGCUAGGUUUAUACAAAAUACCAACUGUGAGUUAUUUUGCCACAUGUUCCUGCCUGAGUGAUCGGCAAAGGUUUCCAUCUUUCUUUAGAACAAUUCCAAGUGAUGCUUUUCAGGUGUAUGCUAUGAUUCAGAUUCUAAAACACUUUGGCUGGACAUGGGUUGGUCUGCUGGUCAGUGAUGAUGAUUAUGGACUCCAUGUUGCCCAGUCCUUGCAGUCUGACCUGGCUCAGUCUGGUGGAGGUUGUCUGGCCUACCUAGAAGUGUUGCCCUGGGACAGUGACCCAAGUGAACUCAAGAGGAUUGUAUAUUUGAUAAAGACAUCAACAGCACGGGUUGUCAUUGUGUUUGCACACGAGAUACACAUGAUUCAACUAAUGGAAGAGGUGGUGCGGCAGAAUGUGACAGGCCUGCAGUGGAUUGCAAGUGAAGCCUGGACAUCUGCUGCUGUGCUCCAGACCCCCCACCUCAUGCCGUACCUGAGUGGGACACUGGGCAUUGCCAUCCGCCGAGGAGAAAUACCAGGACUCAGGGCAUUUCUGUUACAAAUACGUCCUGACCUACACCACAACAACAGCUAUGGAAAUAGUAUGGUGAGGCAGUUUUGGGAAUACACAUUUCAGUGUAGAUUUGCACCACCUCCAGCAGGUUGGAUAGAAGUUGGAGGAACAUCAUGCACUGGAGAUGAAGAUAUUGGAAAUGUUGAGACUGAGUUUUUGGAUCUUUCUAACCUCAGGCCAGAGUACAAUGUUUAUAAGGCUGUGUAUGCUCUGGCAUAUGCCCUUGAUAACAUACUUCAGUGUGAGCCAGGGAGAGGGCCUUUCAGCGAGCACAGCUGUGCUACACUGAAAACACUGGAGCCAUGGCAGCUUCUACAUUAUUUGCAAAUGGUCAACUUCACCACACCAUUUGGUGAUCAAGUGUCAUUUGAUGAGAAUGGUGAUGCCUCUCCAAUCUAUGAUAUCAUGAACUGGCUGUGGCUCCCUGAUGGAAGAAUUAAAGUUCAGAAUGUGGGUGAGGUUAAGAAAUCAGUCUUCAAAGGUGAAGAACUCACACUUGAUGAAGAUAAAAUCUUCUGGAACUUUGAAUCAAAAGAGCCCCCCCGGUCAGUGUGCAGUGAGAGCUGUCCUCCUGGUACCCGCAUGGCCAGAAAGAAGGGGGAACCUGAGUGUUGUUUUGACUGCAUCCCUUGUUCUGAGGGAAAGAUCAGCAAUAGCACUGACUCCAUGAAGUGCACCAGUUGUCCAGAGGAUUUCUGGUCCAGCCCCCAGCGUGACCACUGUGUUCCUAAGAAAACAGAGUUCCUCUCCUACCAUGAGCCUCUGGGAAUUUGUUUGACAACAACUUCAUUGCUGGGCACAUUUAUCUGUGCUGUUGUUCUGGGCAUCUUCAUCUAUCAUCGCAGCACACCCAUGGUGCGUGCCAACAAUUCAGAACUCAGUUUCCUGCUCUUGGUGUCUCUUAAACUAUGUUUCCUGUGUUCACUGCUGUUUAUCGGUCGUCCCAGACUGUGGACAUGCCAGCUGAGACAUGCAGCAUUUGGGAUCAGUUUUGUGCUUUGUGUCUCAUGCAUCCUCGUGAAAACCAUGGUGGUUCUGGCUGUGUUCAAGGCCUCCAAGCCAGGAGGUGGAGCCAGUCUGAGGUGGUUUGGUGCUGUGCAGCAGAGAGGGACGGUUCUGGUGCUUACAUGCAUUCAAGCAGCAAUCUGUACUGCCUGGCUUGUCUCUGCCUCAACAGCUCCUCAUAAAAACACUGAAUACCACAAUGACAAGAUAGUUUAUGAGUGUGUAGUUGGCUCCACAAUUGGUUUUGCAGUGUUACUUGGGUAUAUUGGCUUCCUGGCUAUCCUCAGCUUCCUGUUAGCUUUUCUGGCAAGGAAUCUUCCAGACAACUUCAAUGAGGCCAAAUUCAUCACUUUCAGCAUGCUGAUCUUCUGUGCUGUGUGGGUGGCCUUUGUCCCUGCUUAUGUCAAUUCUCCAGGAAAGUAUGCAGAUGCAGUGGAAGUAUUUGCCAUCCUGGCCUCCAGUUUUGGCCUCUUGGUGGCGCUGUUUGGACCCAAAUGUUACAUUAUACUCCUGAGACCAGAGAAAAAUACAAAGAAAGCUAUUAUGGGUCGAGAAAAAAGGAAGUCAUAA